CUGCGGGGCGAGGCCUCGCGCGCACCUGGGCUGUCCGCGCUCGCAUUGCUGCGGGCCUCCCUGUCCCUCCUCGCACCCCAGGAGCUGCAGUCAUCGCCUUUUGGCAUCUUCCCGACUUGACCUUGCUGGAUCCUGUUACUCCUGGGACAGCCGCCUGGCCAUUGCUCAACCUGACACUUUUCGCGUUCCCGUUUUCACUUUUCUUGAAGGGGAGUCAGAAAAGAUGCAGGGUCUCUAUCCUGCGAAGAUCCUCGUCUGUACCUACUCUCCUUCAGUGGCAGAGUUUUCCGAAUGACAUUCUUGAUGCUGGCUGUUUCCCUUGUCAUUCCCCUGCUUGGAGCCAUGAUGCUGUUGGAGUCCCCCAUAGAUCCUCAGAUUCUCAGCUUCAAAGAACCCCCUUUCAUGUUUGGCGUUCUGCAACCAAAUACAAAGUUGCGACAAGCAGAAAGGCUAUUUGAAAACCAGCUUAGUGGGCCAGAGUCCCUGGUAAAUAUCGGGGAUGUGAUGUUUACUGGCACAGCAGAUGGCAGAGUUGUAAAACUUGAAAAUGGGGAAAUAGAGACCAUCGCCCGGUUUGGUUCAGGCCCUUGCAAAACCCGAGAUGAUGAACCUACCUGUGGGAGACCUCUGGGCAUCCGGGCAGGGCCCAAUGGGACUCUUUUUGUGGUUGAUGCAUACAAGGGAUUAUUUGAAGUAAAUCCUCAGAAACGUGCAGUGAAACUGCUGCUGUCUUCUGAGACUCCCAUUGAGGGCAAGAAAAUGUCCUUUGUGAAUGACCUCACUGUCACUCGGGAUGGGAGGAAGAUUUAUUUCACAGAUUCCAGCAGCAAGUGGCAGAGACGGGACUACCUGUUCCUGGUGAUGGAGGGCACUGAUGAUGGGCGCCUGUUGGAGUAUGAUACUGUGACAAAAGAAGUGAGAGUUUUGUUGGACCAGUUGUGGUUCCCUAAUGGAGUUCAGCUAUCUCCUGAGGAAGACUUUGUUCUGGUGGCAGAGACGACCAUGGCCAGGAUAAGAAGAGUCUAUGUGUCUGGCCUGAUGAAAGGAGGGGCAGAUAUGUUUGUGGAGAACAUGCCUGGAUUUCCUGACAAUAUCCGGCCCAGCAGUUCUGGCGGGUACUGGGUUGCUGCUGCGACAAUUCGUGCUAACCCUGGGUUUUCCAUGUUGGAUUUCUUAUCUACGAAGCCUUUUAUUAAGAGAAUGAUUUUUAAGCUGUUCAGUCAGGAGACGGUGAUGAAGUUUGUGCCACGGUAUAGCCUGGUCCUAGAAGUCAGUGACAGUGGUGCCUUCCGGAGAAGCCUGCAUGAUCCUGAUGGAGUCGUGGUCACCUAUGUGAGUGAAGCACAUGAACAUGAUGGACAUCUGUACUUGGGUUCCUUCAGAUCUCCCUUCAUCUGCAGACUCAGCCUCCAGUCUAUUUAGCCCGCUCAGCAGCUGUUCCCACUGUGCAUGCCAGGAAUCAUCACACUCAGCCACCAUAGCCCGGAGGGAGCCGUGGAUGCACAUAGCUUUAUCCCUGUGCUCCUGUUAGUCCUUGGAAGUGUGGGAGUCGCUGCUGUAACCCGGAGAAGGUGUGCAAGAGGUGCCUGCUUUGGGGAAGACAGUUCACAGAAAGCCAUCUCUCUUAAAAAUUAUGCUAAGUCUGUAGGACUUGAAAAAUUUCAUACACUUGUCAGAGGGCUCAGGGUUUGGUGAUUAGAAUAGGGGAUUAGCUAUGCAGGGACCUUUCUGUCACGAGUGGCUCUGUCUGCCACCUUCAGUGUCUUCAUUCUAAAGUGGGGUCAUACCUUUGGGGAUGGCAUGGAAGUGCCGGUGCACAUGUGCCGAGGUUGCUGGCUGGGAUCAUGCAAGCUGAAACUUUGUUCUCAGGGGCCAUGUGUGAUGUGUGAGAAUACGUGGACUCUUCCUCCACAGUGUCCUACCAACCUCUCCAUGCUGUAGUCUGGCCUCUUUUCAUGCCAGAGGGUUUUCAGGAUUCCUAUUUCAGUGGCUAAGAGGAUUUCAUUGGGUUUCUUUCUGUGACUACCUCCCCCACUGGAGUUGAGUGACCCAGCCAGUCUGUACCUGUACAGGGUGCUUCAGAAAUGUCCUUUUUAUGGCUUGACUCCUUACCUUAGACCCACAAAUGUGAGUAGUGACCUGUUGAUGUAAUGUUUGUGCAAUGUAAUAAGCUCAGAGCUGCUUAUUUCUUGGCAAGUAUGUUUAUACACUGGUCUUAAUUUUGAUAAUAAAUAUUGUAAAAUAAA